AUGGCACCACAACUCCCCAAGGAAUAUAAGGCCGGUGUCUUCGAGGCCAAAGGCGAGCCCUUGACAUUCAAGCAGGUCCCACUUGAACUCCCCAAGGAUGGCGAGGUGCUAGUCAAAGUGCUGGCCUGUGGUGUUUGCCACUCGGACAAUGCUGUUCAGCAUGGCCUCUUUGGGAACUCGUUCCCAAUCACCCCGGGUCAUGAAGUCAUUGGCGACGUGGCUGCGGUGCCUGAUUCGGAGAAACGCUGGAAGAUCGGAGAUCGUGUUGGCGCGCCCUGGCAUGGCGGCCAUGAUGGAACCUGUAAAUCUUGUCAACGCGGGUUAUACCAGAUGUGUGACAAUGAGUUGAUCAACGGAGUCACCAAAAACGGCGGGUACGCAGAAUACGUGACGCUCCGCACAGAAGCAGUUGUGUCCGUUCCGCAGGACGUGGACCCGGCCGAGUUCUGCCCUCUGCUCUGUGCGGGAGUCACCGUCUUCAACUCACUGCGACGCCAGAACGUCAUUGCCGGAUCGGUCGUGGCGGUUCAAGGCCUGGGCGGCCUCGGGCACCUUGCCUUGCAGUAUGCCAGCAAGAUGGGAUACAGGACAGUAGCCAUUUCCUCGAGCUCGGAGAAGAAGCAGUUUGCCUCGCAGCUCGGAGCGCACGAUUACAUCGACGCCUCCGCGGGUGAUAUUGGUGAACAGCUUCAGAAGCUGGGCGGGGCGUCUUGCAUCAUCUUCACGGCGCCGAACCAGAAACUCAUUCCAUCCUUGCUCCAGGGCCUUGGCCCAUUGGGCAAGCUACUCAUCCUGGCAGCAUCUGCCCCGGUCGAGAUCAAUACCGCUUCGAUGAUCCAGAAAGGCUUGAGUCUUACGGCUUGGCCGAGCGGUCAUGCUCUCGACUCCGAGGAGGCAAUCGAGUUUGCCCAGGUGCAUAAGGUCAAUGUCAUGAUUGAGAAAUUCCCUCUUGACAAGGCCAACGAAGCGCUGGAGAAGAUGGUCGCUGGAAAGGUCCGAUUCCGAGGCGUGCUCAUCCCUUGA